UAACACCAAAAUGUUUUGCAUUAUUUGAUGUUAUUGUCGCGAUCUCCAACACAAACUCAUCUCUUUUUUCAAGAACUAAUUGUUUUGAUAUAGUAGGCCUAGAUCGAAAUGGAUUCUUCUUCCGCUGCCAUGAAGCAACAAAGCAAGCAUGGGGUCAUGGCUAAGCAGGUAGCUCAAGAUCAUCAAGAUCAUCAUGAUCAUCUUGACUCAUCCUCUUCAUCCUUUGAAGUUUCAACUACUGUUGGGUCAUCAUCAUCAUCAUCGGAUCAGCUUGCAACCGGUGGCCCUUUGAGUGACUUGUCUUCCCUCCUUCAACAACUUCCCAUUAAGAGGGGGCUUUCAAAGCAUUACCAAGGGAAGUCGAGGUCAUUUGCUUCAUUAUCGGGCGUUAGAUGCAUGGAGGAUCUUGUCAAGGCCGAGUACAGCAGCAAGAAGUUGAAGUCAUGCAAAAGCUACGUUGGGUUAUCUUCCUCGAGGGUCAUUUCGAAGAAGUUAUCCAAUUCCAGGGGCUCAUGUUCUUUCCUCGGUGCAAAUGCUAGACGGCCUCCCAUCUCUCCUCACACCUCCUCCACCAGUACGAGUAGCAGCAUCUCUACCCAAACCGCCUUGUUCGCUUAAAAUUAAGGAUGGAUCGUUCGUUCGUACGUGUGGAUGCAUUUUUUAUCCCCAUGUGAUCAGUUUGUGUAAAGCAAUUAAUAAUAUUUUGUUUCUUCUUAUCA